CUCCGAGCCGCGGACAACCAUCGGCCGCAAGACGCUCGCGCGAGUCGCGUCGGUCGAGCGAGCGACGCCCCCGUCCACGCCGCCCCCCUCGUCGGAGAGGACGUCGGCGCGCCUCUCCAGCCGAAGCACCGAAGGGUCGCACGUCGUUGCGCCGCCAGACUCGCCCGCCGCCGCCGCCGUCGCUCGGUUCGCAUCUUUCGACCCGGCGGCGAGGCGGCCGUCGAUGGACAGGCUUCGCACCAACCGGACGCCAUACGAGCUCACGCUCCUCGACUGCUCGUACGACAUCCGCGUCUCGGAGGCGGCGGCGGCGGGCGGGAGGCACGGCGCUCGACGCGCCGCCUCGCUGCAGAGCUGCCUCCCGUCGACCCUCUGCCUCGGCUCGACCCGACCGAAGCAGCUGCUGCGAGACGUGUCCGCGUGUGUGCGCGCCGGCCACGUGCUAGCCGUGCUCGGCCCGUCCGGCGCCGGCAAGACCACCCUGCUCUCGAUGCUCACGCUCGAGCGAGGCCCGGGCACCGCGCGCGGCAGCGUGACACUCAACGGGCAGCCCCUCACGCCUGACCGCUUCACGCGCUACUGCGCCGUCGUCGGCAACGCCGAGGACCACUGGCCGUUUCUGACGGCGCGCGACCACCUGCGGUACGCGAUCGACCUGCACCGCCCCUCGCUGUCGCGCCAGAGCCGCCGUGCCAAGGUCGCGCAGCUGCUCGAGGCCACCGGCCUCUCUGCUUGCCGGCACACGCGGGCAGGCAGCGCUUUCGUGCCCGGGCUCUCCUCGGGGCAGCGGCGGCGCCUCUCUCUCGCGAUCGCGCUGACCAAGCAGCCGUCGAUGAUCUUCCUCGACGAGCCGACGUCGGGGCUCGACUCGGCGGCCGCCGCCAAGAUCAUGCACUUCCUCAAGGUGACGGCCAAGCAGACCAACAUCCCGAUCCUGUGCACGAUCCACCAGCCGUCCGCCUCCGUCUACGAGGGCUUCGACGACGUGCUCGUCCUCGCGGCGGGCCGCGUCGCCUACUUCGGCGCCGCCGCGCAGAUGGGCCGCUACCUCGAGACGCUCGGGACACCACUCCCGCCCAACGCCAACCCGGCCGAGUUCAUUCUCGACCUUGUCAACGCGGACUUCACCGACGCCGCGUCGGCACACCUCCCCCCCCCACCACCCCCACGCCGGCCACCCCUCCCGCCACCCCCCACCCCCCCCCACCCCACCCCACCCCGCCCACCCCUCCCCCCCCGCCUCCCUCCCCUCCACCUUUCCCGCCACGUGGCCGCGCCGUGA